AUGCCUUCUGGAGCUUCGCUCUUUACCUCCGAAGCUGCGCGGUCUCCUCCCGUGGAUCUAGAGAUGCUCAGCGAGUCGCUAAUCUUCCAGAGCGUGGAGCUCGUGUUCGAGUUCAAGGGAUACGCUGUAGGCGCCGCAAAGCGUAUUCUGAGUCGCUACCACCAAAAUGAGGACGUGGAAGAGGCUCUGCUUUGUGCUGGGUCCCGCUUGUGGCGCUGGCUGCAACAGAGACUUCGCCUGGAGCAAGAGAUCACAGACAAGCAACUCCUGCUCCCACAGCCCGCUGUGUUCCCUCUGAGAAUGCAGCACACGGACUACAUCACCGAACGGUUUGACGACGUGAAGACCCAGUUACAGUUGAUACAUGCAGCGGUGGAUGAUCUCCAAACGAGGGGAGACCAGACCGACACCAAGCUUAGUCGUCUUCACGAGCAGUUGAGACGGACCCCAAUUUGUCGUUGCGAGGCAUCCAUACCCUCCCCUCAAUCUUUUAAGGAGAAAGUCUCCAGCCACAUUACGAAAGUUUCAGAGAAGCGAUCGGCUAGCGAUCGAAGUGGAGCUGCGCUGCUGCGGUUGGAUCGAAUGGAGGUCCCCGUGGGACUUGCUCAUCCGCCAACUACUCUACGUGAAGAGAGCUCUGCAAUUUUGUACUGGAUCAUCAAAGCAGUUGACAGUGGAACGCCGAAACUUAAUAGUGGGCAUCGCGCUUCCCAACCACGAGAACAGGCUUCAGCCGAGCACGAGCAAUUAGAAAGCGAAGACAACAUGAACACGACUCAGGAGCCAGCGAUGCAUAUCGCCCAGAUGUAUCAGAUUCUCGUUCAUGACGAUUAA